GACAACCGUUCGGGCUCCUACUAUGCUGAGAUGGCAGCUAAGCUUUUUGUACACAUGAAGCUCUCGAGUGGCGAAUAAAAGCAUGUCAUUCAGAUUUGGGGGGUUGAAGCGCAGCACCCAGCCGUUUUGCGCUUAAAGCGGAGACCCCCCCCCCCUCUCACCACGGUACAGGAACCGCUCGUAAUGCUGAACCGCCACGGUUAUAGUAGGAAGGCUGAGCACGGGGAUUUCCUCGCCUUCUUGUUUGUAGGCGGGCAGUUUUACGCCACUUCCACGCACUGAGGGAUCGCGGACCGAGUCGUGAAAUGCCCCCCAAAAACCGUGCUGUUGGGCGGUUUUGGAGAUAAAUAGUUGUGGCCGAGGUGCGCCAAUCUCUCGCGGCGGGUUGUCAACUCAUGCGCUUCUCGCCGUCCAAACCUGCUGCUUCAUCACCUCGUUGCGGGGGAAAAAAAGGAGCGACGGCGCGCCGAGGCAGCGGUUUAGCGAGAUCAGACCGACCAGCAGCGCAGGUGGACGCGGCUCUCGUGGCAUGACUACCACAAACAAGGGAAACAAGGCCUUGAAGGUGAAGCGGGAGCCGGGCGAAAAUGGCACCAGCCUGACGGACGACGAGCUGGUGACCAUGUCGGUGCGGGAGCUGAACCAGCACCUCCGGGGCCUGACCAAGGAGGAGAUCCUGCAGCUGAAGCAGCGGCGGCGCACCCUGAAGAACCGCGGCUACGCCGCCAGCUGCCGGGUGAAGCGCGUCACCCAGAAGGAGGAGCUGGAGAAGCAGAAGUCUCUGCUGCAGCAGGAGGUGGACAAGCUGGCCACGGAGAACGCCAGCAUGAGGGUGGAGCUGGACGCUCUGCGCUCAAAGUACGAGGCCCUGCAGAGCUUCGCCAGGACUGUGGCCCGCAACCCCGUCACCUCGGCCAGGGGGCCCCUGGCCUCCGUCAUAGGGCCCCUCAUCCCGGGUAAAGUAGCCGCCACCAGCGUCAUCACCAUCGUCAAAUCCAAAACGGGGGCUAGGUCGUAGUAGCGGAAAAAGACGGUGGGGAGAUUUUUCACGACUCCAGCCGGUCAGUGCAUCGUAACACGCCAGAGGACCGCCUGUGUAAGUUCUUCGUUUUUUUAACCCCUUCGGCACUAACGCUAACAAUAUGCUUCCUAAAUUCACUGCCGGGGGUCUGACUCAGCAGUCCGUGCCCGUCUUCACACACACACACACACACUUUAGAUCCAACACUACGGAAUCGUGCCGUUUUGGGGAGAUCACGUUUUUAUGGGCCACAUGUCAUUUAAAAAGCAGAUUUUGGUCGCAGAUGCUCAACAAGGUAAUUCCGACUGUUAACAGCUCGUUGAUGUUUGGAUAUUGUGAUGCGUCUGUUUCCUUAAGACUGAGCUCUUAAGAUAUUUCCGUCCUGAUAAUCUGGCACUUAAUAACCCCUGUUUAGACGCUUUGGACCCCUUUUGCCUGUUAUCAUGCACUGACUUGAAGUUGGAUUAAUAACAAAACGGUCACAAGCUCGUGAGUGCUACAGAUGUCUUCAGAACAGCCCGACAAACCCCAAACUAUAAAACGAGUCCAAUUUGUAAUUUUUGUUGUCUGUCUGUCUGUAAGCACGGAGUGGUGCUCCCAAAUCGAGCAUUCAUUUCUGUUUACGUGGGACAGGCUUUAAUGAACUUGUCAUUAUCGAAAUGACCGGUAGAUGCAAUAAUAUAUGUAUGCACUGAAUAUACAAAGAGGUCUUGCAUAUUUAUGGUUGGUGGAAAUGUUAACAGUGAUCAGCAGUUCUCACAAUAAUGAUCCAGAGCUGAGUGCCAUUCCAAUAUGACAAGAUUCUUCACAAUACCUGAAUGUUAUAACGGUAAUAUCCUCUUGUUUUGUGGGGGCGGGGAGAUCCACAAACUUUUUGAAAACAUCCAUUUUUGUGUUCAUAGAGAAAAUAUGUUCAAGUUGUUUAAAAUAUAUAUAUAGAAAUAUAUAUAUGUAUUGCAUUUUUUGUAAUUACUUGUUGACAGGUCCGUUGGAUAUUUCCAAAAGAAAAUCUUUACACAAGCUUUACUGUUGAAUUGUUAAGGUGUAGACAAUUUUGUCAAAUGUUGGGUUGUUGGUUUUUAUUACUAGGUAGAUUACCUUCCAUUGUUUAUAGAAAUACCGAUAGUGAAAAAGAAAAUGAAAAAAAAAAAGUCCUGUGAAUCUUUUUGCAAUUGUACCGAAAGUGGCUUACUAUUGAAGUCUAAUAGCUUUUUUUUCUAGUGACUAGGCAGGUACUGUGGGGUAGCGCGCGAUGUGAUGUGUAAGUGACAAGUGGGCAAUGUCGUCACUGUGUAGAUGUCAAUGCUGUGCUAUUUUCAAAAACAAAUCUGUUGAGCUAAACUUGGUGGUGUGAACAAGGUCAAUUGUCUUUGUGCGUAUUGGCAGCCGUGAUAUCCUCCGCUUCCUCGGUGUUAGUUACCAAUCACAUUGUCAUGAAGAGUUCCCCCGCAUCGAGCCAGGGGAGAGGAGAGGGGAGAGGGGAGUGUGUGACGUGGCGUCAGUGACUUUUACCUGAAAGCUGUGCGAGGGCCGCACCCGGCGCUGGAUGCCCUCUGAGCACAUCCUCUGCAACCUGGAAAUAAUUGACUUUAUCGUUGGGGAGAUUUCAUUAUCAUAUCCAUUCCAGCCUCUUAAUUGGUUGUAAUUAGAUCAUAGGAACAGGAAAUGAAUAACCUUUCAAAACGUAGCUUUUGACGGACUAAAAUCAAAUGUGAAGUCGACAGUGUUCUCUUUUUGUAUUUAUUCGUUUUGUAUCUCACUUCCAAAUGCUGUCGAGAAUCUUUCUCAAGACCACAGCGAUUUGUAGGGUCGCGUGUCAUUGAACUCAAAGUGUGUAGCCGCCAUGUGGUGCAGCAUCACUUGCGUGGAUUUACCUUCUGGUCACAGACUGUCUGAAUAAAAGUGGUUAGGGUUUGUAUGCACUAAACUCCUGCUUGUUUUGCUCAGGACAAAACAGGUCACUCUCUUAAAAAAAAAAAAUGAGCAAACCAUUCGAGACGAGACAGAGAAGCUGGGACGGAGGAGCAGGUUUCUUUUUUUUCUGCUUUAAAGAAAAUAUAUAUACAGUGUGUGUGUAUAUAUAUAUAUAUAUAUAUAUAUAU